GAUCAAACGGUGUACGGUUCACACACCAAUUAGCUUUUAUCUCAGCCACACCGCGUUCUGGUUAUUGUUGUAAUAAUAAAUCCCCCCCUCUCUCUCUCUCUCCCUUCUUUCUUGUCUUUGUGUCUGUAUGCUUUUGUGAACGCCGGCGACGGUUUCCGGCGAGUUCUCACAAUCUACCUCGCCGGGGAAUUGACGAGAUCUUAAUUGAAUUUGAGGUUCAUUUGAUUGGAAUUUCUUGGAGUUUUGGAGUUGAUGAUUUUGGGUAAUGAGAGAGUGAACUGAGGUUUUUGAAGAUUCCGAUUGGAAAAAUAAGGGAAGAAGCGAAGUUUACUUAUUUCCCGUUGAUGUGAUUGAAUUCAUUGCAAAAUCAGGGCUGUCUGUUGCCCUUAGCAAUCCUGCAUUGUCAAAAAAUUGAGAUAAGAGGAGAAAACGACUCGUCGUUUUGAAGAGGUAAGUGUAUGGAGAGAAAUGUGCAGGAUAGAAAGGAGUGAGAGAAAGAGUGGUGAAAUUGGGGAGAGAAGAGAGAGAGAGAAGGAUAUGGGGAUGGUUAAAGGAGUGGAGAAGGUUAAGACUAUAUCGAGGUCGAAAAUGAAGAUGUGGAUGAUACGCGCCACCACUUCGGUGUUGUUGUGGACAUGUAUUGUUCAAUUGACGACGAUCGGUGAGAUGUGGGGACCUAGGGUUUUGAAAGGAUGGCCUUCUUGUUUUUCGCAUGAAUCCGCCGCUGCUUUGGAGGAGAAGCUUUCCGUUUUGCCUGCUAGAGUGUUGCCACCGAAGAGAGUUUAUAAGAACAAUGGAUACCUCAUGGUUUCAUGCAAUGGAGGUCUAAACCAAAUGAGAGCAGCGAUUUGUGAUAUGGUUGCUAUUGCAAGGUAUUUGAAUGUUACGCUUAUAGUACCAGAGCUCGAUAAAACUUCCUUUUGGGCUGAUCCCAGUGAGUUCCAGGAUAUAUUUGAUGUAGAUCAUUUUAUUACAUCUUUGAGAGACGAGGUUCGGAUUUUGAAAGAAUUGCCUCCUAGGCUGAAGAAGAGAAUGGAACUAGGGAUGACCUAUACCAUGGCGCCAGUUAGUUGGUCUGAUAUAUCCUAUUAUCAUAACCAGAUUCUCCCUUUGAUACAGAAGUACAAAGUUUUACAUCUUAAUAGAACUGAUGCUCGACUUGCAAAUAACCAUCAACCUCUGGAGAUCCAGAAAUUGCGCUGCCGAGUAAAUUUCGGUGCUUUGAGAUUCACUUCUCAGAUAGAGGAGUUGGGUAAAAGAGUUAUAAAGCUUCUUAGGCAGAAUGGUCCAUUUUUAGUACUCCACCUGAGAUAUGAAAUGGACAUGCUGGCAUUUUCUGGCUGCGCUCAAGGUUGCAACAAUGAGGAAGUAGAAGAAUUGACAAGAAUGAGAUAUGCUUAUCCUUGGUGGAAAGAGAAAAUAAUAAAUUCUGACUUAAAACGAAAAGAUGGAUUAUGCCCUUUGACACCAGAGGAAACAGCUCUUACACUGAGGGCGUUAGACAUUGAUCCAAAUAUUCAAAUUUAUAUUGCAGCAGGUGAAAUAUAUGGUGGAGAAAGAAGAAUGGCAAGUCUUGCUACAGCUUAUCCAAAACUGGUUAGAAAGGAAACACUGUUAGAACCAUCAGACCUUAGGUUUUUUCAAAAUCACUCAUCCCAGAUGGCAGCAUUAGAUUAUCUUGUUUCAUUGGAGAGUGAUAUUUUUGUGCCCACAUAUGAUGGAAACAUGGCUAAAGUUGUUGAAGGCCAUCGGAGGUUCCUUGGGUUCAAGAAGACAAUUUUACUAGACAGAAGGCUUUUGGUUGAUCUGAUAGACAGGUACAGUAAUGGGUUGCUGAGCUGGGAUGAGUUCUCUUAUGCUGUGAGAGAAGCACAUUCAAAUCGGAUGGGGAACCCGACAAAGAGAUUGGUGAUCCCAGACAGGCCAAAGGAGGAGGAUUACUUCUAUUCGAACCCAGAAGAGUGCUUACAGCCAUCAGAAGAAGAUAUAUUGGAUCCAUUGAGGAGCACGUGACAGUUACUUAAGGAGAUCGUGAUAUUGAUCCAAGCAUUCUCCACAGUGCUAGUAAAAUUCUACCACAGAUCAACGGGAUGACUCUCUACACAAGAAGGAAUAGUGAUAAAGGAAGAUUGUGUGAUAAAGAGGCAAUCGAGAAGAUUAUAAUGGGUUGGUAAACUUCAAGAAAGCCUGAGAUUAUAUGAUCUAUGUGGAGCGGUUUUAGUAUGCUGUCAUCUUUUAGUAUAUGCGAAUAAUCCAAUUCAUGUAUAGAAGCUACCCUGCCAUUACAGGGUGAUGUUAAAUCAACAGAAUCGGGUUGUACACAGAGGGAUAUGCAAAUAUAGAUGUGGGUCUACCAGAAAAAUGUGGCCUCAAGGAAGGUUUACUCCUUCAUCCUUCCAUUUUGUA